AUGAGAACAAUCUGGGAUUGUCUACUGCGCAUCGCACAGGAGUGUCGGCGUUCGCUUUACUUGAGUAAAAACAUUGCACCGCCAGAUAUGUCUGUAAAGAAAGGAUACAUAUAUAUAGGGAAAAACUUGUCAAUGAAAUCUGCAUUAGCAGUAGUAAAGCUUGGUAUCUCUUUGCCUGACUGGAAAGGCAUCCCAGUUGAAGAACUUCUAAGCGACCAUGAAAGAGCAAUGCUCGUUAAUGGUGAACGUAAGCCUGAGUGCUGUAUGAAAUUGCCUCAACUUGAAUGUGUUACCGAAACUGACAUGGUAUUCGAUAAUUGUGAGGAUUCUACUCAGUUAUCUAACGAUGUGAAACAACAUCUAAAUAGCGCUGGAAUUAAUUCCCGGGUUGAAAAAUUCAGUGAACCAAGAGGAUACAGGUCAAUUGGCAUACGAGAUUUAUCCUCGGGUGCAUCAUUGUAUGUAUUGCUAAUUGCUGAAUUCUGA